AUGGAUGCAUCAACAGAAGAGGUCCUUGAGGCCCUGACCUGGCACCCGGACGGUGCUGCAACCAAAGUCCUGUUUAUCGAGGCGCCACCGGCCUCUGGCAAAAGCACAAAACUGGUUCCCAAGAUCUGGCAACAGUUAUCGAGUCGGUCUCCCAACAUCACUGGCAUUUACGCAGUGCAAACAUCCACAGAAGCAAAACUGCUGCAUACCUACUACCAAAAAAGUCAAGUCAUGAAGACUUCAAUCUCAGUCAAAAAGACAAGAGAUCGACAUGAUAUCCAUCUUUGGGACCAAAACCAUGUUCGUAAUGGUUCGGAUGAAAUGUUCUUGUGUGGGCAUGGGACCCUGAGUACAAUGCUUCAGCAACAGAAAUCCACACAGCCGCCCAUCCUCAACCCGUGCCUCGCCAUUUUCAUGGACCUUGAGCCAGUGUCCACAGCUCUGGGAGAGUGCCUUUUGGGCCAGGUGAUUCAGACGCUGCGUGACCUACGAUUCGCCAACCGGGCGACGCCAAUCAGCCUCGUCUUGUUGGGGUCGCAUAUUCGGCCAGGUCAGACGCCACCGGAAAAACCCCAGCCCUCCGUUGCUCUCUUCAUGACUCACGAUGACGCCCGAAUCGCAGUCAUUGACCCAGUUGUAAUGAUCCUGGCCGAGCCCUCCACAGUGUACUACAUUGACAAGACCUCGCGGAAAAGUGACGUGUACAAAAUGGCAAAUUCCCAAGAGCCAAAGCUCGUCUGUAUCGAUCCAAGUGGGAGGUACACUCUCCCCCCGAUCAAGAAUCUUGGGAUUGCACUCUCUUCUGGCUCUCGAGAAGCAUAUCCAUUUCACCACCCGACGAGUCAAUAUCCUUACGCCCGUGUGGGAUUGUCACGACUGGAGCUGGAGAGACAGGCCUCCAUACUGCAAGGCCAGGAAGAGUCAAACUUGCAGCUUGCACGAGACCGUGAGUGGCUCGAUAGUGUGGACCCAUGUCCUGCACAGGACGCUGCCUGGAUUCAAGAACUCAUUAUCCUGUCGUAUCGAUUUUGGUCAGACGGCGCGUCCAUGUUGAUGCCUCUACCGGUUUUGGAUGAAAUUCCACGGGGGUCUCUGCGAGAGGCGAGGCGGCGCCUUGUGGCUAUGAGAGCUGUGGAAGGAGAUAUUGCCACGGGCUUCCAUCCCACCGAAAUUGGUAUGGCAAUGGCCAACGAGCUGAUGCUGGUGGACAAGUGGUCUCCAGACACACUCUUGCGCAUCAUGAUUAGACUGGUAGUCAUUUGUUACUACAAACCUCGCAAGCUUUUUUCGUUGAGCAUCAAGGAAGCCUUGCAGUGGGACAAGGGCGAGAAUACCUCUGCCAUACUGUCCAAGGUCCAGGCCGACUGUGCGGGAGUUGGUGCACAGGAAUACUACAAUGGUUCCAUCUGGCUUGCCCUUGGGCUGUACGAAAACCUGGUGGUGCAGGACAAGAUAUCCUUAAAUCAGCACAAUCGUUACAUGCCAGUCGCAGAUGACUGCAUUGACCUGGACAUGAGAGUGGUUCACAGGAUUACCAAAAUGAUUGCGCAUCUGGAGACCCGACUUCUCCCAGAGCCGGUCGACAAGACGCUUCCAACUUCAUUCGCAACGCCCGCGGAUCGGCUCGAGGCUUACGAAAUCCUGGCAUGGUCCUAUCUACAUCAGACCGUCUUUAUGCCCAAACCAAUCAAUCAUCCUAACGUGAGGGCCUUUGAUAUAACCUCGAGGCAGCCUGCUGAUAUUACACGUCACUUUUUCAUUCCUGUAGACAGGGCAAAGCGAAACUACAUGCUGUUGGAGAACCCAUCAGUGCCUGGAUAUGCUGCAUUCUACUUGGUGUCAGUAACUCCACCAAAGACUCCAAAUGGUCUGGUUGCCCUCGUUACUAUGGAUCUUAAUUUAAUUCCACCAGCCGUCCUGGAUCGUAUUGAAAAUGAAACGGGAGAGAAGCUCGCGGCAUUGACGAGAACCUUGUAUACAAUCCCUCAAAAGGGUGUAGAUUAG